AGUGAGCCGCAGGUGAAACGAGGCCGAAGAGGUUGCUGCGCCUGCGCAUUGCAUGGCUAUUGUCUUCCUGCCAAAUAGUGGUCUGCGUGCAGUUGCAAGCUCAAGUCAAUUUGUGGUGUUGAAGUUUCUGAACUUUUGGAGGAAAAUCUGCAUCCGUGUGCACAUUUGCAUGGGCGUAAAGCACUCUUGCGAGUAGAGGGGGAGCUGGCGAAAAUGCUUGUCUUUUGAAAAAGGUAAAAAAUACUGCAAAAGGCACGCUUGACACAUUUCAGCACCGACAGGAGGAUUCCUCUGAAGAUGGUUCCCAUCGGAACCCCGAGGUGGACGACCUGUGGGACGAGCCCAGCGAGGAAGAGGAAGCACUGUACAGCACCUCCCCACCCCGCACCCCCCGCCAGAUGAAACGUAUGUCCGGCAAGCACCAGAGAAACAGCCUGGCCAGAGCCCCCGGACGCCCCCCCAACAAGGUAGAGAAAGUGACCCCUCCCAGCCAGUCGGACCCCCACGAGGAGUACAGCUACAAGCACGGCAAGAAGCAGCGGGACACGCUUCGUUCCACCGAGCGCGACCACAAGAAGACCUUUGAGGGCUCCUUCAUGCUGGAACCCCUGUCCAAGGCCAGCCCCUUCGGAGUCCUAAGCAUGGAGCCGCGGAAGCCCUACCUAAGCCUGGGCUGCAGCAGCAAGCUUCCGCUCAGCAUGCCGCACCAUGUGGGACGGACGCACCGGCAGACCUCGCGCACCGACUGCCCUGCCGACCGCCUCAAGUUCUUUGAGACGCUGCGGCUUCUGCUCAAACUCACCUCCAUGUCCUCCAAGAAGAAGGAGAAGGAGCAGCGUGGCCCGGAGAACUCCGCCUUCAUGGGCCAGAACAAUGAGGUCAUCUGGCUGGAGCUGCAGGCCUGGCACGCCCACCGCAGCAUCAAUGACCAGGAUGUCUUCCUGUACACUGCCCGGCAGGCCAUCCCCGACAUCAUCGAGGAGGUGCUCCGCUUCAAGGUCAACUACCGCAGCCUGGGUUUGCUGGUGGACACCGAGGAGGCGGAGCCUGAGCAGGGGGAUGGGACUCAUGAUGUGGUGGGUGGUGGGCCUGAAGCAGAGGGGGGCGGAGACGCCGCUGGAUCGGGUCUCUGUGACCUCCCGGCUUUUCAGGGCUGCGAGCUGGAGGACGACGCGGCGGAUGCCUUCCGGGGGCACGUGCAGAGGCAGCGGCUGGCCUUUGAGCAGGUCAAGCAGGUCAUGGAGACCCUGGAGUCGGUGGAGGCGCUCUACCCGUCACUGCAGUCCCUUCAGAAGGCUAAUGAAAAGUAUGCAGCCCGCGACUUCCAGGCCAGGGUGCAGGCACUCUGCCUGUGGCUCAACAUCACCAAGGACCUGAACCAGAAGCUUCGGGUCAUGGGCACUGUACUGGGUCUCAGGGACUUGUCCCGCUUGGGCUGGCCUGUUUUUGAGAUGCCAUCCCCCCGCUGCUCACGGGGCACCGAGGAGGAUGAGGAGGAGGAUGGCGAGGAGGAUGAGGAGAACGACUCCACCGCCACCUACACGGCCGACAGCGACGUAGAAGACGGACAGCCAGCAAGCGAACGCACAUCGAACCUGACACCGAAGCUGGCCCGCCUCUUCUCGGAGGAGGACUUUCUUUCUUCCUCCAACGAGCAGGCGGGAGCUGGAGAAACCGAGGCGGGUGGGGGGACAGGAGGAGGAGGAGGGGGCCAGCGCUGCACCACCUCCAUCUAUAGGCCCUUUGUGGACAAGGCGCUGAAGCAGAUGGGGCUACGGAAGCUGAUCCUCAGGCUGCACAAGCUGAUGGACCGCUCACUGCAGAGGUCCCGUGCCGCGCUGCUGAGUCACGCCGAGCCGGUGCAGGAGUUCUCCGAAUGUGCAGACCCCCUCCUGUACAGUGACUACCUGCCUGAGCUCUGCCGGAACCUGUCCUGCAGCAGCCCCGGCAACGAGGAGGCGGAGACGGGACUUGUGUCGUGGGCGGAGCUUCUGGCCAUGGACCUCCCCUCUUUCCAGCCCGCUUUCCUGGCACUUUGCCGCGUGCAGCUCAACGUGAUCCACGAGUGCCUGAAGCUGAGGCUGGAGCAGAGGCCCGCUGGAGAGCCGUCGCUUCUCAGCAUCAAACAGUUGGUGCGCGAGUGCAAAGAGGUUCUCCGAGGGGGACUCUUGAUGAAGCAGUACUAUCAGUACAUGCUGCGUGGCGUGGCGACGGACCCUCAGGGCCUGCAGUCCAACACCAACAUAGACGACUUCGAGGAGGACCUCCACAAGAUGCUCAUGGUGUACUUCGACUAUAUGCGAAGCUGGAUCCAGAUGCUUCAGCAGCUGCCCCAGGCAUCACACAGUUUGAAGAACCUCCUGGAGGAGGAGUGGAACUUCACCAAGGUCAUCACGCCCUACAUCCGGGGCGGCGAGGCCCAGUCAGGCAAGCUGUUCUGUGACAUCGCUGGAAUGCUGCUCAAGUCUACCGGGGACUUCCUGGACGCUGGGCUGCAGCGGAGCGGAGACGAGUUCUGGGAAAGCGCUGACGACAGUGCUGCCUCCGACGAAAUCCGGCGUUCUGUGAUUGAGACUAGCCGCUCUCUCAAGGAGCUCUUCCAUGAGGCCAGAGAGCGGGCGUCCAAAGGACUGGGCUUUGCCAAGAUGCUACGGAAGGACUUGGAGAUUGCUGCAGAUUUCACCAUCGCCGCUGGAGUUCCUGGCCUCCUUGAGGCCCUCAAGGAAAAGAACUAUGUGAAGGUCCAGAUUCCGGGGCUGGACGAGCUGCAGGUGUUCGUCCCCUCCGGCCUGGUCUCCCAGCGUCCCAUCAUCCUUCAGUUGCUCAACGCAGCAGCGGGCAAGGACUGCUCCAAGGAGCCUGAUGAAAUGGCGGAGGAUGAGGCCUACCUCCUCAUGAGCAAGCAGGGAGCCGGGGACUCGCCUGGUGAGGCCAGCUGGGUGCAGUGGGAUGGGACCCUGCUCAAGCUGGUGCCUCAGAUGGAGACGGUGGACACGCUCAGAGCCAUGAAGAUCGACAACCUGCUACUGGUGGCGAUGCAGUCAGUCCACCUGGCGACCCAACGCAAGGCCUUCCAACAGUCCAUGGAUGACCUACUGACCCUGCGCUGCGAGCAGACCUCCAGUCAGCCCCUUAUCGCCAAGGCGCUUAAGCAGCUCAAGAACGAGGCCCUGCAGCUGUGUAUCAAGAUCAACGCUGUCAUCGACCGGGUGGAGUACAUGUUCACGUCUGACUUUGAGGCCGAGGUGGAGGAUUGUGAGUCGACCACGCUCCAUCACUAUUACCGUGAAGCCAUGAUCCAGGGCUACAACUUUGCCUUUGAGUACCACAAGGAGGUGGUGCGCCUGAUGUCAGGGGAUUUCCGGCAGCGCAUCGGCGAGCGCUACAUCGCCUUCGCCCGUAAGUGGAUGAACUACGUGCUGACGAAGUGCGAGAGUGGGCGUGGCACGCGGCCCAGGUGGGCUACACAGGGCUUCGACUUCCUCCAGGCCAUCGAGCCCGCCUUCAUCUCGGCGCUGCCUGAGGAUGACUUCCUGAGUCUGCAGGCUCUGAUGAACGAAUGCAUUGGUCAUGUGAUCGGCAAGCCCCACAGCCCCGUCAGCGGCUUUUACCUCCCCCCCAGGAACCCUCGACCCGUCAAGGUGCCCCGCUGCCACAGCGAUCCCCCGAACCCCAAUCUGUUUAUCGGCAAUGCUGAGGGAUUCAGCUCUCGGAGUCUCCCCUGCGACCUCCGGACCCCACCGUGCCCCACUGGCCCCCGCCCUGCCCCGCAGGGCCCCGGGGACCCGAGCCUCACCAAAACACCCGGCAGCACCCCCAAUGACCUCAGAAGCUCUAACCUCCAUGACAAUGACCGCCUGUCAUCAGUGGCUGCGGAGCUACAUUUCAAAUCCCUGAGUCGACACUCCAGUCCCACCGAAGACCGGGAAGAGCCAUCGUACCCGAAGGGUGACCCCAGCACGACAGCUAGGCGAAGCUGGGAGCUUCGUACCUUCAUCAGCCAGUCAAAAGAUGUCCGGCAGAGCCCCAUGGAGGCAGUGCGCCGGUCCAUCCGCACCUACGAGGACAAGCGCUACGCCAUCAUGAAACAGCGGAACAUCAUUGGCCAAGUGUGCCACAAGCCCAAGUCCUAUGACAAUGUCAUGCACGUGGGCCUGAGGAAGGUCACCUUCAAGUGGCAGAGGGGCAAUAAGAUAGGCGAAGGGCAGUAUGGGAAGGUGUACACCUGCAUCAACGUCGACACCGGAGAGCUGAUGGCAAUGAAAGAGAUCAGGUUCCAGCCCAAUGACCACAAAACGAUAAAGGAAACUGCAGACGAGCUGAAAAUCUUUGAGGGCAUCAAGCACCCCAAUCUCGUUCGUUACUUUGGUGUGGAACUCCACCGGGAGGAGAUGUACAUCUUCAUGGAGUACUGUGAUGAAGGCACUCUGGAGGAGGUAUCCAGGCUAGGUCUCCAGGAACAUGUGAUACGACUCUACAGCAAGCAGAUCACCACGGCCAUCAACGUGCUACACGAGCAUGGAAUUGUGCACCGUGACAUUAAGGGUGCGAACAUAUUCCUGACAUCAUCCGGCCUGAUCAAGCUUGGCGAUUUCGGCUGCUCGGUCAAGCUGAAGAACAAUGCCCAGACCAUGCCAGGGGAGGUGAACAGCACUCUGGGAACAGCAGCGUACAUGGCACCAGAGGUCAUCACCAGGGCUAAAGGUGAAGGUCACGGUAGAGCAGCUGACAUCUGGAGUCUAGGCUGUGUCCUGAUCGAGAUGGUGACAGGAAAGAGACCCUGGCACGAGUAUGAGCACAACUUCCAGAUCAUGUACAAGGUGGGAAUGGGACACAAGCCGCCUAUCCCAGAGAAGCUGAGCGCCGAGGGGAAGGACUUCCUGCAGCACUGCCUGGAGAGCGAUCCCAAGCAGCGGUGGACCGCGAGCACGCUGCUGGACCACCCCUUCGUCAAGGUUUGCACGGAUGAAGAGUGAUGUCCCCCCCCCCCACACACCCUCCGACGCUUCUCACCUGUACAAACCCCAAGCACUACUGUAUGUAAUAUUUACAACACUGUUGUCGAGAAAGGAGGGGUAGACUGGUGAAUGAACUAUUGAAAAGGGCAUCGAGCCAUCACAGAGGCUCACAUGGACUGGCAGGAUUUUUCCCAGCAUGCAACAGGGCAAGUCUUACAUGUACAGUUCCUGGUGGGGAGAUGUUGCAUUGUACAUAUUGUAAGAACUGAAUUUGGAAAGGUUCUUGUAAAAUGAGUAUUGUAAAGCUCAAAUAAUAAUAAUAAUAAUA